AUGAAGAAACUACAAGAAGCCAAGAAUAGCCUGCAGAAGAGGAAGAAAAAGAAACUGCAGGACCCUGAGCUCAUUGAGGCUGAGAAUACGCUCAACAGGGAGAUCAAGCAUCGCUUCCAGCAGGACAAGCAGAGGAAGCACUUGGGGCAACUACGUGCUGCAGAGAAAAGCCUCAAGUCUCAGGAGCGAGAAAAAGUCAAGACCACUGGCAAGGUUCCGUUUUUUCAUGGUCGAAGGGAAGCACGGAAGCUCUUGGCUGAGAGAAAGAAGGAUAAAAAGGGUGCCUCGGUGCGGGACAAGGCUGAGGAGCGGCGUGCACAAAAGCGGGCUGCAAAGGAGAAGAAGAAGCUUCCAGCAAGACGUUCCAAAGACUGA